CGGGAGGCGGAGCUCGGACUCCCAUUUCCUUCCUCCUCCGGCGGUCAGGCUCCCGCUCCUGGGGCGGCGGUUCCCGCUGGCUUUGCAGACCCCUGCGCCCGCCCCGCAGAGCCUCCUGCUCCAGGCCCCGCGCUGUGCCCUGGCUCCGGCGGCGACAUGGGCGGCGCCCGGGACGCGGGCUGGGUGGCGGCGGGCCUUCUCCUUGGGGCCGGCGCCUGCUACUGCAUUUACAGGCUGACGCGGGGCCAGCGGCGAGGCGGCCGCGGGCUCCGGCUGCGCCCCUCGAGGUCCGCAGGUGAGGCCACAGGGUGCCCGGCAGAAGAUUUAACCAAUGGUUCAUGUGAUGAUGUCCUAAAUGCUGAACAACUUCAGAAACUUCUUUACCUGGUUGAGUCAACCGAGGAUCCUGUAAUUAUUGAAAGAGCUUUGGUCACUCUGGGUAACAAUGCAGCCUUUUCAGCUAACCAGGUCAUUAUUCGUGAAUUGGGUGGUAUUCCAAUUGUAGGAAGCAAAAUCAACGAUCCCAACCACAGUAUUAAAGAGAAAGCUUUAAAUGCACUGAAUAACCUGAGUGUGAAUGUUGAAAAUCAAAUCAAGAUAAAGAUAUACAUGAAUCAAGUCUGUGAGGAUGUCUUCUCUGGCCCCCUGAACUCCCCCAUGCAGCUGGCCGGGCUGAGACUGUUAACAAACAUGACAGUUACCAAUGACCACCAGCACAUGCUGAACGGUUACAUUACAGACCUGUUCCAAGUGUUGCUUACAGGAAACGGGAGCACCAAGGUUCAAGUUUUGAAAUUGCUUUUGAAUUUGUCUGAAAAUCCAGCCAUGACAGAAGGACUACUUGGUGCCCAAGUGGAUUCAUCAUUCCUUUCUCUUUAUGAUGGUCACAUGGCAAAGGAAAUUCUUCUUCGAGUUCUUACUCUAUUUCAGAAUAUAGAUAAUUGCCUCAAAAAGGAAGGCCAUUUAGCUGUUCAGCCUACUUUCACUAAAGGUUCACUGUUUUUCCUGUUAUAUGGAGAAGAAUGUGCCCAAAAAAUGAGAGCUUUAGUUAAUCACCAUGAUGCAGACGUGAAGGAAAAGGUAACAAUAAUACCUAAAUUCUGACUGGUUGGUCAUAUUUUUCCAAAAAGUAAAGCAGUCUGGAAGAAAUGCACAGAAACAUUUUUCAUCUUCCUUAAAAGAGAUUCCUUCAGCUGCUGAAUUUAAACAGUAAAUACCAUGUUUCAUCACUUACACAGGUAUAACUUGCCAUGGUCUUCUGGUUUAUUUUGGACCAUUUUAUUGAUACCAAAUGAAUAUAACAGCUUGUUCUGAAACAUUUAUUUCUUUGUUGCUAUUUGCUGAAAUACUUUAUUUCCCUUACAUGAAGUGACAGUGACCUUAUUAUGUGUAAGCUACCCUUCUGUUUGCUAUGAUUUGAGAGCAUUAGUAUAUGUUUCAGAACUGCUAUAGGAAUAAGCUCUUGAGUCCACCUGCCAGCCUAGCCAUACUGCUUUCCAAAGUCUAUUCUAAUCAUUAGAAUCUAUUCUAGUCAAUGAAAAUUGUAAACUUGUAGAAGAAAUGUUCCCUAGUACUUACCCACUCCCAUUCAUUGUGCCAGUAUGUAAAGACGUGUGUAUAAAAUACUGAAAUUAAUCAAAAUGUCCAUCUGUAGGUAGGUGGUUAAAUCAAUUAUGUAGUCUUAACAAAGCAGGUCUGAAUGUACUAAUGUGGAAAGACACCCAUGAAAUAUGGAUGUAUUUUUUAAAUGAAAAAUAUUUAUGCUUAUCUAUGGAUAGAACACUUCUAGAAUGAUAUAGACUCCUGGGAGUGAGACUGGGGAGUGAGGAAAUGACUUUUCUAUGUACACCUUCUACUGUUUGAAUUUUUUACUGUGGCAUAAAUUUUAUAAUAAUUUUUUAAAUAAAAAGGAAAAAAGUUA